CCCCAAACAGUAAACACGAGUGACGACAAUUAUUCGCGACUGACUCAGUUUGUCGGCACGAUGGAGUGCACUCCGUCUGCAGUAUCCCUCAGAGAAUUUGGCUGCGAGCAAAAUUUACUCUCACGUCCUGACGGAUCGGCGUCUUUCACACAAGGUGACACAAGUGUACUGGCUGCAGUAUACGGACCAGCUGAAGUCAAAGUUAGUAAGGAGAUUUAUGACCGGGCGACGUUGGAGGUGAUUAUCCAACCCAAAGUGGGACUUGCAAGCGUAAAGGAGCGAGCUCAGGAACAAUGUGUGCGGGAAAGCUGUGAGGCAUCCCUGCUUAUGUCCCUUCACCCUCGUUCGUCCCUCACGCUCGUUUUACAGGAGCUCCAUAACGAUGGCUCUCUCUUAUCCUGUUUCUUGAAUGCCGGCUGCAUGGCUAUGAUGGACGCCGGUUUGCCAAUGAGCUGCCUGUUCUGCGGCGUCACUUGCGCCAUCCACACGGACGGGAGCAUCAUCACCGAUCCGACCGCUGCUCAGGAAGCGGAGAGUCGAGCUCUAAUGACCUUUGCCGUCGGCAACAAAGAGCGCCAAGUGAUGAUGACCUCAACCAAAGGAUCGUUUUCAGUGCAAGAGAUGCAGCAGUGCAUCGCCAUCAGUCAGGCGGCGUCUGAGAAGAUCUUCAGCUUCUACAGAGAAUCACUCAGACGGCGCUACUCCAAAAGCGUCUGAUUUUUUUUUUUUCUUAUUCUACUCUCCGCACAAAGUCCACUUUUUAUAAUAAAAUAUUCAUCAACUUA